AUGGGUCUCUCCAAUCAUCUCCACGGCGUUUCCGGUGAUUCUCUCCCCCUCCUCAUCCUAGCCGCCGCCGCCUCUUCCCUCGUCCAUCUCCGGUCGGUUCUUCUUCGCCUCCUCCCAUUGUCCGCAUCCGCUGCCGACCCCGAGCCGUCCCUCGGUUCUGGCCUCGUCGUCCUGGCGGACCACCUCCUCUCCGAUCGGGCCUUCCCCUUCUACUACCCGGAGGAGCGGGGGGUGGGCCAGUGGCCUGCGCGCGCGGUGUGCCUCUGCGGCCUCGCCGACGGAGACCGCGUCCGGCGGCUUCCCUGCAGCCACGUCUUCCACAGGGAGUGCCUUGACGACUGGCUCCACCACCAGCUGAACCUGUCGUGCCUCCUGUGCCGCUCGCAGCUGGCCGAGCCGGACAUCCGCGCCGCCGCCGAGCGCGGGAUCGGGGCCCAGCUGGUCCAUCGAAACUAUGAUCGAUGA